AUGGAACAAUCCUCUGCUUUAGCUACAAAGUUCACUCAACCAUUUAGUCAAAACAUCCAGGGCUCAAGGCUAUUUCUAAAUUUGGAGAACCAGACCAACAAUUCUGACUUUCAUCUCCAGGGAUUUGCGAACCUUGAGAACUAUAGCAUUGGUCUAUUUUUUAUUUUUCUCUUUACCUAUCUACUCACUCUCUUUGGUAACAUGAUUAUUAUUUUGGUGGUACGUCUUAGUCUGAACCUUCAUACUCCAAUGUAUUUCUUCAUUACCAACCUGUCCUUACUGGAGAUCUGGUACAUAUCAACUACAAUACCAAAGCUUUUGGCUAUUCUUGUGACCAAUGACAAAACCAUUUCCUUCCAUUGGUGCUUUGUUCAGUUGUACAUGUUCCAUGGACUUGGUAUGACUGAAUGUGGUUUGUUGGCUGUGAUGUCCUUGGAUCGAUAUAUGGCUAUAUGUCACCCCCUCAGAUAUACCAGCAUCAUGAGUGAUAAAGUGUGUAGACAUCUUGCUGUGUUAUGUUGGACCUAUGGGUUCACAGCUGCAACUUUACCACUCAGUUUUACCAUAAGAGUGCCAUUCUGUGGCCUACGGUACAUCGAUCACUACUUCUGUGACCUUGCGCCCCUGUUGAACUUGGCCUGUGUAGAUACCUCUCUUAAUACUAAAAUUAAUGGCUUAGUUAUCGGCUUUGCUACCAUGUUUAAUUUUAUAUUUAUCAUCAUUAUGUAUAUUAAUAUUAUAUAUUCUAUUGUGAGGAUGAGGACGAACAAAGGAAGAAUCAGGGCCUUCUCCACCUGUUCUUCUCAUAUCACGGUGGUGGUAUUAAUAUAUGUCACUGCAUUUACUGUUUAUGCUGGCCCUAAAAGCUGGAACUCUGCGGACAAAGACAAGAUGUUUUCUCUGGUAUAUACGACGUUUACUCCAUUAAUGAACCCAAUCAUUUAUAGUCUAAGGAAUAAAGAAGUCAAAAUAGCAAUAAAAAGAAUUUUUACACUGAUCUACAAAAAUAUAGAAUUGGUUAUGAGAUUCAGACCAGGGAAGUAA